CCUAAACUAUUAGCGGCCUGAAGGAUCAGGAUAACGCUAUCCCAAAUGGGCCACAUGUCACUCCCUCCUCUCAUCUCCACCACCCAAAAGAAUUCUUCUCCCGCGUCUCAAAUCCUAUAGGCAGAAUAAGAAGGAAAUCCUCACAAGGCGCGAAGGAGGCAAAGCGGUCGGUAAGUAGUGACAGCCGAUAACUUCAUCUCCGAUGGCCUCCUUAACCGCCGUCGCAGCAGUACAGCCGGUCGCCGUUAAGGGCCUCUCCGGAAGUUCCUUCAAGGGGACCAAGCUUGCCGUCAGGCCUUCUCGCCGGACUCCCUCACGUCCUAAACUCCGGUCCGGCAGCGGCGCCGUGGUGGCCAAGUACGGUGAGAAGAGCGUGUACUUCGAUCUAGAGGACCUCGGAAACACCACGGGCCAGUGGGAUUUGUAUGGCUCCGAUGCACCCUCGCCUUACAAUCCUCUUCAGAGCAAGUUCUUUGAGACAUUUGCGGCCCCAUUCACCAAGAGGGGUUUGUUGCUAAAGUUCUUGAUAUUAGGUGGUGGCUCCUUGCUUGCAUACCUAAGCUCCACAGCUUCUGGUGACAUAUUGCCGAUCAAGAAGGGCCCUCAACUGCCACCCACCAAAGGUCCACGUGACAAGAUAUGAUUGGUAUGGACCAUGAAAGAAUCUCCAUAUCUCCUUACGUAAAUAGUUUAUAUGUACCUGUUUGAUCAACUUUGUAAGUAGCCCAUUUGCUCUUCCAUGCUGCUUUGUAGUGAUAAACUUGAUCUCAUAUAGUUCUCCUGUCCUAAGUCUUGGUACUUUGAUCAGAUAAAUCAGCUUCACUAAUUAUUUCCUCUUCCAUGUAACAUGAUCAUUUGAUUGAUCUUGAUGUACUCUUGAAUGAUAAUAUAAAAAUAGUAUAAGUGGCUGCAGCA